CUCUCCAACGUCUCUUUCCCUCCAUUCAGCGUAAAGGCAUCACCACCGUUCCCUCGCAAUGAGCAAAUCUGCAGUUGAGCUCGCGCUCGUCUCGCUGAUGCCGACCUACGGCUCCGACCUGCCGCCCUCCCUCGUCGAAUCCGCCAGCUCCCUCCUCGCCCAGUCGCGACACCUAGCCAGCACCCUCAAGGCCGAAGAGGAGAUUGCCCGCCUCUAUGCUUGUGCGCAUAUUGCCUGUAACAGACUCAAGAUUCCCCUCGACCUCCCGACGAUAGAACCUCGGCCGCCUAUACCCCCCAAGGUCUACAAGCGUCUCUAUACACAUCUUGACAAUAUCCUUCCCAAUACGUCAGCAAGCGGGCGCAGAACACGCAGGCAGCGAGACGUGGGAGACUCGCCGGCAUCACAAACACGCCCCGUCCCUUCACGGCCUCAGCCCACCAAAGAGGCCAGUCUUGCGCAGUUCAGAAAACAGGCGGGCUCAAAUCCCAGUACGCCGACCAAGUCGCGCAGGCAUAGCCACAUUAGUAUCCCAGAGUCAGCAAUAUAUCCCUGGGUUCAGCCCGUCAUACGGCACCUCUGCGCUGGGUCUGGACACAAGAAACUGGCGCCCUCAAUGCUGGCAGGCAUGGAAUCGAUUCUACUCUCUGGUGGACGGAAGACGAAGGAUGUCUGGGCAUGGGAGAACACGACAGCGCUAUGUGCGGCCAUCAUCUUCUUUGUCGCGAUGCGUGUGAGCGAUGCGGAUGUUGAGCAAGCGAUGCAGCCUCAGGUAUAUGAACCGGCUCGCGCAGAGGUCCUCGGUCAGCUUGGUCGAGCUCGGCAAGAAGUCCAAGUCAAAGGGGUAGAGCCAGAUGUCCUCUGGGAAGGCUGGACCGACUUGAACGACGAGAGUUUUGAUGCUGCGGUGGUGAAGGUCCGCGAAAGUGGCUGGCUAGAGGCCGACUGGUAUCACGGCAUUGCGGAUGUCAUCGAUAGAGAUUUGCCGCAGGAUGGUGAUAUAGAGUAUGGCUACGACGAGGAAGAUGCGGCACACGGCCAGCAACAGAGAGCGGACACCAUGUUCCAGGACAAGUACGAUUACUUGAGCGAGAGGCGUAGAACAGAGUACAGGGCGUGGAAAGAGGCCACCUUGGCGCGGAUUGCAGUGCUGUCUGCGUCUUUGGAGAGCAGUACAGGCAAUGAUACCCAAUGA